GGGGGGGCCGCGCCGCGCGAGCCGUUGGGCCUGGCUCCGCUAAGGCGUUGCUGCUGGUGCUGCCGCCGCCGCCGCCGCCAGAAACACAAGGAGCGGGAUCAAGCGUAGCGUGGCGAUGGGCAGGAGUAGAACCCCGCCAGAGAGGCUGGGCGGCCGCCGGUGACAGAUUGUGCUCUGUCCACCGCACCUCCUGCAUGUCCUGCUGCCCUGAGCUGUCCCGAGCUAGGUGACAGCCUGUCACGCUGCCACCAUGAACGAGGUGUCUGUCGUCAAAGAAGGCUGGCUCCACAAGCGCGGUGAAUACAUCAAGACCUGGCGGCCCCGGUACUUCCUGCUGAAGAGCGACGGCUCCUUCAUUGGAUAUAAGGAGCGGCCCGAGGCCCCCGACCAGACCCUGCCCCCCUUAAACAACUUCUCUGUUGCAGAAUGCCAGCUGAUGAAGACCGAGAGACCGCGGCCCAACACCUUCGUCAUACGCUGCCUGCAGUGGACCACAGUCAUCGAGAGGACCUUCCAUGUAGACUCUCCGGAUGAGAGGGAGGAGUGGAUGCAGGCCAUCCAAAUGGUUGCCAACAGCCUCAAGCAGCGGGGCCCAGGUGAGGACCCCAUGGACUACAAGUGUGGCUCCCCCAGCGACUCUUCUGCAGCCGAGGAGAUGGAAGUGGCAGUUAGCAAGGCGCGGGCCAAGGUGACCAUGAAUGACUUCGACUAUCUCAAGCUCCUGGGCAAGGGCACCUUUGGCAAAGUCAUCCUGGUGCGGGAGAAGGCCAGUGGCCGCUACUACGCCAUGAAGAUCUUGCGGAAGGAGGUUAUCAUCGCUAAGGAUGAAGUCGCCCACACGGUCACCGAGAGCCGGGUCCUCCAGAACACCAGGCACCCGUUCCUCACUGCGCUGAAGUACGCCUUCCAGACCCACGACCGCCUGUGCUUCGUGAUGGAGUACGCCAACGGUGGCGAGCUGUUCUUCCACCUGUCCCGGGAACGCGUCUUCACGGAGGAGCGGGCCCGCUUUUAUGGUGCGGAGAUCGUCUCAGCCCUGGAGUACCUGCACUCGCGGGACGUGGUGUACCGUGACAUCAAGCUGGAAAACCUCAUGCUGGACAAAGAUGGCCACAUCAAGAUCACUGACUUCGGCCUGUGCAAAGAGGGCGUCAGUGAUGGGGCCACCAUGAAAACCUUCUGUGGGACCCCUGAAUACCUGGCGCCCGAGGUGCUGGAGGACAACGACUACGGCCGGGCGGUGGACUGGUGGGGGCUGGGCGUGGUCAUGUACGAGAUGAUGUGCGGCCGCCUGCCCUUCUACAACCAGGACCACGAGCGCCUCUUCGAGCUCAUCCUCAUGGAGGAGAUCCGCUUCCCGCGCACGCUCAGCCCUGAGGCCAAGUCCCUGCUUGCUGGGCUGCUUAAGAAGGACCCCAAGCAGAGGCUCGGCGGGGGGCCCAGUGAUGCCACGGAGGUCAUGGAGCACAGGUUCUUCCUCAGUAUCAACUGGCAGGACGUGGUGCAGAAGAAGCUCCUGCCACCCUUCAAACCUCAGGUCACAUCUGAGGUUGACACAAGGUACUUUGACGACGAGUUCACCGCCCAGUCCAUCACAAUCACACCCCCGGACCGCUAUGACAGCCUGGGCUUACUCGAACUGGACCAGCGGACCCACUUCCCCCAGUUCUCCUAUUCGGCCAGCAUCCGGGAGUGAGCCGAGUGAGCUGCCCGCCGCCGCUGCCACUGCCACAGGACGCACGCGCGGCUGCCGUCACCACCGGGGGGGGGGGGGCUUUUUUUUUUAAACUUUUUAUUUUGCCUUCUUUGUUUGUGUCCCCAUCCCUCACCUUCUGACCCCCAUUUCCAGUUUUUUCUUCAGCCCUCUGCCAAACUCACCUCAGUGGUCCUAGUGGCCCUGCCUACAGGAUCCUAUCCUGCCCUCACCUUUGUGCCCAGACCAGGAUUUGGGAGACUCUCCACUGCCUGCCCCAGGACCAGGCCUUUGGGCAGUUGGAGAGAUGCCGGUUUUUAAUCAACAUAAAGCCCCAGUGAGGGGCGAAGCAUGGAGCCGUGGGGCCCACCUGAAUUUCUGGCUGGGGUGCCCAUGGGCAGCCCUGCCUCUGGGUUGCUGCUUCUGUCAGAGGCUGCCUUGUGGUGGGCCACCCGGUGGACAGCGCCCUGGUGCUGCCUUCCCUGCCCUGUCGUUAGGCGCGGAGUGGCCUGGCGUGGGGCAAUCCAGCCUCCUUCUCCCAUGGGGGCGGAAAAGCAAUAAUGUCCAGGGAUCAGAGGUGCGGGAGUAGGCGAGGGCCUUUGGAAGCCGCAUGCAGGAUUGGGGGUUCAGGACUCCCUCGUGGGGAGGGGGCCUGCUCUACCCUGUGGGGAACCGGGAGGGGGCCCAGGGGAUGGGCGCUGCCUCCUGGCCCUGUCUUCCCCCAUCCCCUAAGCUGCUCUUCUGACCCUGGGGAUGAGGCAGGAGGAGCACCUGGGGGCUGGCUUCCCCACCCACCAGCCCCGUUCCUUACCUCCUGCUGGAGCCCGGGCCUGGCCCCGCCCCUUCUGAGGAUGGGGGCCGGGAUCUCCCCCUUCUCUCUGCCUGGGGCGGAGGGGCGCCAGCCUCGGCUGUUACACAUCUCGCACCGAGACAGUAUUGGGCCCGGUGGACUUGGGUCGAAGAGUGGGUGGGGCUGGGUGUCUGGUACGAACCGAGGUAGGGGCCUCUGAGAAGGGAGGCUCCAGGCCACCUCACUCCUCCCCCCUCUCCGGGCCCCGCGUUCUGCAGCCUUAAGGUGAACGUGUCAGUGCUGUGGGCACUCAACGUGCGUGCCUCAGGCUGUGUGUGUCUGUGGGCGUGCCUGUGCAUCUGGGAUGCAGAUGCACGUGGGGUGUGUGUGUGUGUGUGCAUGUGUGUUGGGUAUGUGUGUGCGAGGGCAAGCGAGUCCCGGCCUCGAGUGCGCGUGGUGUGUGUGGGCUCGGGCCCCGCCCCUGGCUCAAGCAUUUCAACCCGAGGGGGAGGGGUGCUAGCUUAGCAGGGGAGCCACACCUGAGGUCCACUUGUUGCCCUGUCCCCCCUGCCCCGUUCCCCCCAGCAUCUCUGGGGUUUGGGAUUUAGUUUCUGUGGUUUUGAUCACCUCAGCCCACCUUCUGUAGGUAGGUCACAGAGAGACAUUCUGGGGUGGGGUGGGGGGUUGGUUUGGGUGGGUGGGUUCUGACUUUUCCUGUCUGUGUGUGUAUGUCCUUAACCUGACAGUUCUCCCUCCUCCCACCGGCCUGUCCGCAUCCCUCGUGUUUGUACGGUACAAGCAAUAAAGACACUCAUUUCAGCCUGGGGCCCAACCCCCGGGCCUUUCCUUGCUUCCGGAGUCUGGCCCCGGGCAUCAGCUGCCUCGGCUCCUGUCCUUCUGGCCCCAGGGCCUGGGAGCCACGAGGAGGGGGGAAGGUGUGCGCAAGCUCAGGGUGGAGGGUGGGGGCCGCUAAGCGGAAGCUGCCCAAGAGUUUGGGGAAGGCGCCUGGGCGGGGGGUACAGUGGACAGAGACCAUUGCAGUCCCUCGGAAGCUGCUUGGGAAAAAAGAGGUGGGGUGGAGAGAUGGGGGUGGAAGGGGUGCGUGGUGUCGCUGGGCCCUGGAGUGGGUGUGGGAGGGAGAGGACUCAUUUCCUGUGGCCCUUGAGCCCUGGAAGGGGGCACUGCCUGCUCACCCCAUCUUACCUAUGGCCCCCAAUUCUGAUACACAACCCUUGGUGGAUCAAUGGGAUGUGUGGUGGCGGUCGGCUGGGAGCACCUCAGGUUGGGUUACAGCCUUCACAGCUCUGGGACCGACCCGUCUGGCACCUGUCCCUUUAGUCCUGGAGUCACCAUGCUUGAGUCACUCCUCUCAGACCCCAGGGCCAGGGCUGCCCCUGCGGAGCCCCGGCACAGGUGAAUUUAACGUCAGAUUUUGCCGGAAGGUGUAAGGCCUUCACAUACACGGAGGCUUUGAGAUUGUAAAUGGGGGUAGAGGAAAAGUCAGAUGCUACAACCAGGACUCAAGGAAUUUUUUUUGUUUUCUAACUUCAUAUGGACUUUAUUAUGAAUUGAGUUACAAAAGUAUGUCCUGGUGGUCAUAUGAUAAACGUCAGAGAGGCUUAUAAAGAAAAGCCUUUUAAAAGCAACUAUACUCCAAUAAAAAUUAAUUGAAAAGAAAAGCCUUUUACUCUUCCCUCUUGUCCAGCCCCUGGAGGUGACCGGUGCUAGAUUUUCUUGUCACACCACACUGUCACUCAGACCUCCGUGUGGGUCCACCCCCGUAUCUACCUCAGCCAGCUAGUGGUUGUCUUAACAGUCCGCGGAGACCUCCCACGGGUUCCUCAGCUGCUGCCCUCAGUUGAAUGUAUAUCUGUAGAUGUAGUGGUGCUUCUUUUUUCGGUAGGAGAACUUUUCCCAAAUAGGGAGUUUUAGAGGGGAGUGUUUUAAUAAAUUUUACCGAUUAGGAAAAUUAAAUUUUGACUAGAUCUGUCUUUUCUCAUGUGCAUUUAGACAGUUUCACAAGUUUUGUGAAAGGAGGAGGAGACUCAAAACCGCCCCCAGGCCUUGAGUGAGUCAUUCUGGUCCUCAUGUUACCCCUGUGCCAGUGGACACAGUGCCGUGAAAGGCUGUCCCUCUGUCUGCAUAACUCUUUCCUCCCAGCUGAGGUCAUCAAGCUGCUGGGCUCUAUACUGCUGCAUCUUACCCCUCCCCCCACCUCCUGCCAGCAUAUGUAUGUACAUCAGUAGGCUUGCUGGGUCAUUGGUAGAAAUGAGAUCCUCCUCUCUGAGCCACUUUUCUGCAUUUGGGGGACUCCUCGUGGACACUUGUCAUGCCUCCAGCCGCUUCACGAGCUUUCUCUGCUUUCUCGGGUUGGAUGUGCCUCAACUGAUUCAGCUGCCCCCUGUCGACAAGAAUUUACUUGGCUUCCAGUUUGUUUGCUGCCACCAGCAGUGCUGUAAUAAACCUUUGACAGUGUAACAAUCCAUCUUACCGUGCUUGUGCUUUUUAAGUUUUUGUGGCCUACAUUCUAGAGUUGCUGUAUUUUAAUACAUGCCAGAUAGCUUUCCCCAAAAGUGUAGCGAUUCACAUAUUUUUAACUUUAAUUUUGAGAUAAUUGCAGACUCGUUGAAAACUUUGAAACUUUAAAAAUAGUACCACAGUGAUUCUAGGACUGGAGCAGAAAAUGUACAAGAUGAACCCGAACAUCUUGUGCCCGAAAAUAAGGACCUACUAGAACCAAACCAUACCCUCACUGACGGGGCGUUGAAGGGACACAGGAGCCAAUGGGAAAGAGCCCCCAGUGGCCACAGCUGAAAGCAAUUUGAGCGACAAUAAAUAGCAUAGUAUUGGGUUAUACCCAAGGGGUAAAAUAAAUGAGUCUGUGCUGAUAUAAAUGACAAAUGGUGAGAACAGACAUAUCUGUACAGAAUUCCAGAUAAUACCUGUAAAUAGUCUGCCUUCAAAGAGGGGAAACGUGGCCCCCACUCCUUUGGUAUGGACUGCAAGGUGACUUGCCUCCAAAGAGUACAGUAUGGAAAGGGGGGAAGGCAACUGUUUAGUGGAGAAAGUGGAGCUGCAUCA